CUCUCUCUCUCUCUCUCUCUCUCUCUCUCUGUCUCAUGGUUUACAGUAGCACCAAAUCUUUCUUCUUAAAUAUUACAUUGAUAAAGUUUGAGUUUCGGUUCUGCGCGCUUUAUGUUGUGACUCAUCAGGACUCCGAUGGAAAUGCGACAGUAUUUUAACAUUAGAUAUAGAUUGUGUUUGAGCUCUGGAUUCAUAUCAGACCUCAAUAUCAUCAGUGUCAUUCUGUGCAUUUCGGCCUAACUGUUUGUGUCAUUAUGGAGGAGGUACUGAUGCGUCUGCAGACACUGACCUCAGAUCAGCUGAGGGAACAGAUCACAAGUGCUGGACUCAAGUGUGGACCCAUAACAGCCACCACCAGGAGCAUCUUUGAGAAGAAAUUAGCUCGAGCUCUCCUGGAGAACCAAACAGAUGGAAGUGAUUCAGUGAGUCAUAAUAAAUCAGAUGGCGUGGUGGAGGAGCUUCAUCCGCCAAUAAACGAACAGGAAAUGAAUCAUGAAGAUCCAAUCACAAAUAGUCCAGAGAUUUCCUCAGAACAUCCUUCAGUUUAUUACGGAGUGUGUCCUCAACCAGACGACCCAUCUGUUAAAGACGAUUCAGUGCACGUGUAUGUGGAUAAGACCAAAGCAUUAAAGGCUUUGAUGAAGCUGAAAGGUGCUCGAUUCAAAGCCUUCAGCAGCAGAGAGUUGGCUGAAAACUUCUCUAAAGGUUUAUGUGAGGAUGGUGGAUCACCUCAUAAACUCUCACCAGAAAAACUCAAAGCUUCAUCUGUCACAGAGAGUUUAAUAAGUGUGGAUGUGGAGAAAGCCAAUGAAUUUAAAAGUCCACGAACACAAGAUCUGACAGCAAAACUCCGCAGAGCUGUGGAGACCGGAGAUCAAGAGUCUUUCAAUAAACUUGUUUGGGAAAAUCCAAGAUAUCUCAUUGGAUCCGGUGACAAUCCAACUAUUGUACAGGAGGGAUGCAGGUACAAUGUUUUACAUGUAGCAGCAAAAGAGAAUCAGUCAGAAAUGAGUCGACUCAUCCUGGAGACUCUUCAGAAUCCACAAUUCAUGCGUCUGAUGUACCCCAAUGAUGAUGAACUCAUGCUGGCCCAGAGAAUCACAUAUAUACUUGAUCUUUAUCUCAACACGCCUGAUAAAGCAAGUAACGAGACGCCGCUACACUUUGCGUGUAAGUUCGGCUGUCCGGACGUGGUGAACGUUCUGUGUUCGCAUCCGUUUACUGAUAAAAACUGCAGGAACAAAUAUGGCCAGAAACCAUCAAGUGUCAUCUGUGAGCGGAGAAACAAAAGUAAAGAGGUGAAGCAGAAGAUCGUUGCGUAUUUGGAAGAUAGAUUUUAUGUGCCGUUACUGAGAGCCACCGACAACACGCUGCAUCCGGUGAUCGGAGAGCCCUGGUGUCCGGGAUCAUCAGAGACCCCUGGGAUGACAGAAGGUCCUAAAAACCCAAUGAUGGCCAUUAAGGCAUUUGUUGGCCCUUUAAACUCAUCAAAGGCAGAAGAGUUUCACAGAUUGUGGAAAACACCGCCGCGGGACCGAGCCGGAUAUUUCCAUCACAUUUUGAAAUCUGAUUGGGAUCAGGGUGCAGAGAGAGUGGGCAGAGAGCUGGCACAUGAACUGGGAUUCCCCUGGGCUGAAUACUGGGAAUUUCUAAACUGCUUCAUAGAUUUAUCCACCCAAGAUGGUUUGGGAAUGUUGGAGGAGUAUUUGAGCGGUUGUAAGAAGGGAAAAGAGUCAAACUCUUUUCAUGGAGGAUCCAAUGAAACGUCUACUUUAAUCUGUGAGAAGUUUCAGAAUGAUUCUUUUGGGACACAGGAGAACUCGUGUAAAGAUGAUGAUGAUGAUGAUGAUGGUCAGCGGUUCCCAGUCUGUGACCUGAUGCAGGAGUUUGAGAAGGUUUCUGUUCAGAAGGAGUCAGCUGAUGAAGAGUCUUGGUAUAAAUGUAGAAGAGUGCAGACUGAAGAUGAUAGCUCAGAGGAUUAUUUCACAGCAGAUGAAGAUGAUGAUAACCUCGAUGGACGAUGUUCACCAGUACUCAUCUCCUCCAGCAGAAGACACAUUGAACUGGAGACCAGUAGCUCUUCUGGUUCCUCCUUUAAAUCAACACACAGCACGUCUGAUCUGCUGCCUCAUACACAAGACAGUUUUAUAUUAGGUAAAUCACCAACAAAGCUUGACAAUGAGGUCCUUAAAGCAUUGAAUGAUGUGGAAGUUGACCAUCACUCGUAUCCCAAUAUCAUAAAAUGGAAGAAUAAGGUUUUGUCUUAUCCUCCAUCACAAAGACAAAGUUGGCCGGCAGCUUCACAGAUGACCAGAGACUCUGAGGGUUCAGCGGUCGGUAGAUUCGACUGGUUAACCGCCUCACCCAUGAUCAGAAGCCCAAGUCACUUUAACCCUGAGCAGUUUAUGUUCAGCUCUCCGAUUAAGUCAUACAGCCGUCUGUAACUUGUUAAAAAAGUUUAAAAGAGCGGGACGGUGUUUAACACAUAUUUGCACAUAAGAUGCUCUUACAUGUACAUUUAUAAUUUUAGGUAUUGCUUAUUACAAAGCAAUGCAUUUGUUUUAUUCUAUUUUUAAUUUUGCAUAGAACUGGUGGUGCUUUAAAAGAAAUGCAUUUUUUUUUAUUAAGAACUGUGUAUUAAUGUAAAAAGAAAUGUGAAAUGUAUUUAAAAUAUAAAAGAUUUUAUUAAAGGGAUUAAAGAAGA